GAUAAUUGAAUAAAUUGAGUUUUCAUCAUCUUUCCUAAAUGAUUUACUUACAGCCUCCCAAAGACGACCAUAUACCUUCGAAUUCUCUUCUUCUGAGCUAUGAGGAGUCCAUGAUUUUAGCUCAAGAUGAGGGUAGACAGAUUAAAUCUUUUGAAAUCCUCGAUAAUGAAUCAGCCAAAGAUGGGCUGUGUAAGACUAUCGAAAGAUAUCCUCAUCCAGGCCAGAGCUACAUGAUAGGUUUAGCAUGAGCAAUCCUAUCUUCUGUUUGAUAUGCUAGCAAUGUUGUUUUUGGAAAGCUAGCUCUUAGUAGAACUCCUCUUCUAACCCCCUAUGAUAUCAAUUUUAUGAGGGCAUGAACAUCGCUAUUUGUGAAUUCUUAUCAAGCACGAAGAAAUAACUUUAACCCUGUAAGUUGCUCUAAGAAGGGGCUAAUCCUUUUGAUCUUUUGCAACAUAAUGGCAGCUUUGAGAUCAUACCCUACACCUUGGUCUUAUCAGUAUAUUUCAGCUAGCAAGUGCUUGUUGAUCAUCAAUACAUCUCCGAUUUUAAUUGUAAUUAUCGGUGGGGUACUCCUUGGCGAGAAGGUAACUACUAUAAACUAUCUAAUUGGAGCUGCAGCAGUACUCGGAUGAUAUGUCCUAACCUUAUCCAACUCUGCAGAGAGCGUACCUGAUUCUAACCCAGCCCUUGGGUAUACUUUUGCAUUGGUCGCUUGAGUCGCGAGGGCAGGAUCUAGCUGAAUUCAAAGAGUGCUUGCUCAUGUCUGGCAUUUCAUGGCCUUACCCUUUUACUAUACAUUUACAUUGUUUAGUAUUUCAUUUGUUGUUUGGAUGCUUUUUGAAGACCAAGUCAAUGUUGCACGCUAUGAUUUCAUUGAUUUUGUUUUGCUGGUCCUUGCUUCCUUAGGAACUACUUUUGGAAUGGUGACUAUUAGCAUAGGAUUGAAGCACCUCCCUGCGUCAACUGCUGCCCCUAUUACAAAUCUAGAAGUUGGUUUCGGAUUCAUUGGAGAUAUCCUGAUCUUCCAUUACCAGUUCUACCUAACAGAUUUAUUAGGAGCAUGAAUUAUAUUUGGAUCGCUUACGAUCCAUAUAAUUCUUCAAUGCUAUAAAGUAUAGCACGUUAUGGAUAGAAUCUUUU